AUGUCACGCCAGGACAUCUCAGGACGUCUUCUCUACGUCACCCGACGUCAUUCACGACAUCUUCUCGAUGCCACUCCAGGACAUCACGCAGGAUCUCUGCCUGACAUCACCCUGGACGUUAUCUUACGUCAUAUCGCGACGUCACCAACAACGUCUGCCCGACGUCACCUUCACUGGGGAAAGCUGUGCCACAGAGAGGUGUGGAUAACAGAGGUCGCGGAAGUCAAAGAGAAAUAUGAUCAGGGUGUCCGGCAUAUGCAUGUUCUCCAUGUGGGGGACGAAGAGCACAAAACUCAACAACAAAGAGUGCAGUUCGGGACAGUGGUGACUAUGGCUGCCACCGGUUGGUUGUGUGACUCCGACUUCAUGGGAGGAUGGCCGUCUGUGUUCUACAUUUUUGGCGUUCUGGGUGUUGUAUGGAGCAUCGCGUGGUUCCUGCUGGUGUUCAACCAUCCACAACUUCAUCCUAGAAUAUCUGAAGAGGAACGAGAAUAUAUUUUACAUUACUGCGGCAAGAAAAGGGAAAAGGCGUUGCCGCUACCAUGGAAGGCGGUGUUUACAUCCCUGCCAGUAUGGGCCAUAAUCGUGAUCCACUUUGGUAACAACUGGGGCUUCUACACUCUUCUCACUGAGCUUCCUACCUACCUAGACAAAAUCCAACACUUCGACUUGAAGAGCAAUGGACUGUUGUCUGCUCUUCCUUAUCUCGUUAUGUGGAUCUUCAGCCUGGUGUAUUGCAGCAUUGUUGACAGGCUCCUCGCUGCUGGCAAGGUCUCUAACCUGGCCGUCAGAAGGGUCUCCAUGAGCAUCGGUAUAUUCGGGCCAAUGCUUGGUCUCAUUGCCAUGUGUUUCGUCAACUGCGACGAGAAGCUGGCUAUGGGAGUAUUGUGUGUGGCAGUCGGGCUCAACGGGGCCGUCUACAGUGGCUAUAUGUCCUCCCAUCAGGACCUCUCCCCUAACUUAGCAGGUUCCCUCUUAGGACUCACCAACACAGUGGCAACUAUACCUGGAUUCGUCUCACCAGUGGUCACCGGCAGCAUUACUGAUGGCAACGAAACAGUGAGUGCCUGGAGGACCGUCUUCCUCAUCUCGGCAGGAACGUAUCUGGUCACAAACACCUUCUAUUUGGUCUUCAUCUCUGCUGACGUCCAGCCGUGGAAUGAACAACAGCCCAAAAAGGUCCCGGACCAGAAUUACGAACCCCGUAGUGUGGUCCUGGAACAGGAGGAUGGUGAUACCAAAGAGAGAUAUUGACCGUCAGUGGAACCUUCCUAAGAUGAUGUACAGAUCUUCGUUUCAACUCAUCAGUAAGAUGUAGUGACAAUGGCAAGACAAGGUUUUCUACACUUCUGCAGUAAUCAUUAAAUAUGCAUAAGUUAUCGUAUUUUGCUCAGCAAAAGGCACAUGUUAAACUGUCACUGCUGAGAAUCUGUGAGUUGGAGAGACAGAGCAAUUUCCAAACAGUGGUAUUGCUUUAUUUUAUAGAGGUGAUAUAUACAAGGUAUAAGGAAGCAAUGGUAACACGCAUGUCAUCGUACACAAUUGAAUAAGUAA